AUUUAUCUCCCUUCGCUCACGUCAUUCGCUAUCCUCCUCCAGCAGUGUUGUGGUUUUCAAAGCUGAAAUGGAAGCUAAGAUCGGGAAGUUCUUCGACUCCGUCUCUAAUUUCUUCUCCGGCGGCGAUCACAUCCCCUGGUGCGACAACGACGUCGUCAUUAGCUGUGAGAGAGAGGUUGCUGAGGCUGAAGAAGGUUCCUCUGAUGAGUUUUUCAAAGAAUGUAUCAUGCGUUUAUCAUGGGCUCUUGUUCACUCUAGACGACCUGAAGAUGUACAACGUGGGAUAGCAAUGCUUGAAGCUUCUUUGGCAGGUACUAACAGCCCUCUGCAAAAAAGAGAGAAGCUUUAUCUUCUUGCUGUUGGGCAUUACAGAAGUGGUGACUACUCGAGAAGUAGGGAGCUUGUGGAGCAAUGUUUAAUGAUUGCACCUGAUUGGAGACAGGCACAGACCCUUAAGAAAACAAUUGAAGACCGGAUCAAAAAAGAUGGUGCUAUUGGCAUAGGCAUUGCUGCAGCUGGUGUCGGACUGGUUGCUGGUGGGAUUGCUGCAGCACUGAGCAGGAAGAAGUGAUCCAAUUCUAUUUGAGUUCACCUCUUUGCGAUGAGAUCGCUUAUAUAAACAUAUUUAAUCCUCCAAUCCUGCUGCCUUGCUAUCAUGUUUUAUUAUUAAGUUGAAAAAUUGAAAAGGUCUUUAAUCAAAAAACUUACCAGCGAGAUGUAGAAACUGCACAAGUCUUUGUCUGACUUGGUUUGUUGUACAAUAUGUUGAUGUACAUGGAAGAUGUAAUGUUAUGAGUAAGUCGGUUUAACUUGUUCAUUAAUGAAUAUUUUUUAUAGA